AUGAAUGUCACUUAAUCAAAUGUCUCAUCAUUAGAGUAAUAAAAAUAAAAUAAAUAUUUAUUAUUAUUUAAAUAUUGGAAAUAAUAAGGGCAAAUUAACCUCUACAAACAAUUGAAAUAAUUCGAUUUAAAACCAAACUUUUUGUAUUUGACUUUCUUAUAAAUUUCUGAACCUUCUAGAAUUUUUAGUACUCAUUAAGUUUUACACAUUAGGAAAUUAAUUGCUUCUAUGGAUAAUAUUAUAGAGAAUUCUCUAAACUUCUGGUAACAACGACUUCACACAACAAUUAGAGAUCAAACCUCAACCCUCAUUAUUCCGAAAAAAAAAAUAUCAAUAGUGGAUAGAGUAGUAAUAAAAUCGGCUUGCUUCUGGAAUAAGAUGGCUGAUGAAUUCUUAGCUUAAAGUUCCACAAACAGAUCUAUGGAAAGUUUGUCCUCUUAACCAAAUAAACUGCAGAUAUCCGAUUGCUGA